AUGGAAUCCAAGGCAAAGCAGCAGUUGGACAUUUUGCGAUCUGCUUUGCAGGAAAAGUAUUUGAUAGCUGAACGUUUGAUGCUUCAACGUGAAAACGCUGAAAAGUUGUCAGUAGUAAGGCUAGAAGUUGAUGAAGUGUUCCAGCAGCUAAUCUCUUUAAUUGACAUGAUUCCUGAAAGUGCAGGUAAAGAGAUUACUGACUUUCCUGUGACUAAUGAUUUGAAGCGUGAAAAAUCGGAAUUUGAUUCACGCAUCUCGGAAUGGUUCAAAAAAUUGAAAACGCAUUCAACUGUGCAACCAGAAAAUGUAUCGUCAAAGUAUGCGGGUAGUAUUUGUUCUGACAAUACAUCGAGAGCUUCCUUCAAGAGAAGAUUGCAGUGCAAAGUGAAACGCGAUCUAGCAAUUGUACAGCUUCGUCACACGGAAGAAAAGCUAGAGGAGGAAGCUUUGAAACGUAAAAUGGAGCUUCGUGAUGCACAGCGUAAAGUGGAAUUGACUGAAGUGGAAUUUUUAUUGUGGGAUACGAAAUCAACUGGUGAUUCAAUAAAAAGGCGUCGAUCUGCUUCGCUACAGAAUGAAGCCACACAUACUAGAAUAAAUACCAACCAUGAUGGCUAUGCUGCCUCUGAUUCGUGUCAUGAACGAGUACGUUUUGCAAGGUCGCAUAAUGUACACACAUAUUCUCAGACUCCAUUGAGUAGAGAUGAUAAUGCUGUUCCAAAUAGAACUAGAAAUGGUCAAAGCUAUAACUUUCAGCCUGUGAAUCGUGCGAUAGCUCAGGAGUGUUCAUUUGCGGCUGAACCAGAUGGAAUGGCUGGCCGUGAACACCAUCACGUUUUCCGAAUAAAUGAAAGUAGUGUCAAUGAGUUGCCAGAUGUGCAGACUCGUGGUUAUAGGACACUUCAGGAAAAUCAAGCCAAGUUACCUGUGUUCAAUGGAGAUCCUUUGAAGUAUAUGUCUUUCAUAACAAAUUUUGACAUCCACCUGGCACCGAAACUAGAAACAAAUAGCCAGAAGCUUGUGUGUUUGUUGCAAUAUUGUGAAGAGAGAAUUCGUGCACAAUUAGAAUACUUCACAAAGAAGCCUGAGAAUGGAUACAAGCUUGCUAGGCAGAGGCUGUUUGAAGAAUAUGGUCAGCCUCAUAUUAUCGCUGGUGCAUGUGAAAGAGUUCUAAAAGAGUUUCCAAGUGUGCGUGAUGACAAGCCAGAGCAGCUAUUGCAAAUAUCACAAGUAAUGGAGCGAUGCCUGGGAACUCUAGAAGACAUUGAUGAAUUUGCAAAUGUAAACACCCUGGACACUAUGGGAAUGCUGAUGGCUAAACUUCCUGAAGAUGUUCAGGAUGGCUGGCCACAUGAAGCCCUCAGAAUUCAAAGAAAGACUGGUCGUCAGGCAAAAUAUUGUCACUUGGUCGAUUAUGUUUGUAAUUGGGCGGAUGUGAAAAAUUCAAUGUAUGGGAAAAAGCUUAAUGAGAUUCGUCACAAAAAGAUUCCUGUGAGUGUGAGGAGAAACAGAGCUGCAACCUAUAAUAUUGAUGCUGAGGCCAAAAGGGAACACAUUGAUCAAAAACGGGAUUUGGGAUGUGUAUGUUGUCUCAAACCGCACAAUUUGUGGAACUGCCCGGACUUCAAGAGUAAAUCGCAUGAAGAAAAGGUCAGUCUUUUGAAGGAGCAGAAAUUGUGUUUCAAGUGUCUGUCUCAUGGUCAUCUUGCUCGUAAUUGCAAGAAGGCCAGUCAGUGCAAAGUACAUGGAUGUAAAGGAAAUCGACAUCACACACUGCUUCAUAGAUUUAUUGAAAUUCAGGAGAAAUCGAAAAAGCCUGAAGAGGGACCUGCUGUAUAUUCAUUGGCAAAGUCGUCAAAGUGCAAUGGGAAAAGUAUCGGGCAAGAUGUUUAUUUAUGUGUGGUGCCGGUCAAUGUUCGAAAUGGUGAAAAGACCGCUCAAACAUACGCCUUGCUGGAUCCGGCAUCUACAGUUACUCUGUGUAGUGAACGUUUGAUGGAAUAUCUCGAAGUAACAGGAAAUACUAGAGAUAUCACAUUACGCACAAUUGGACAGAGGCCAAUACAAUACAAGGGUAUAUCUGGCAGUUUAGUUGUAUCGCCGCUAGAUGGUGGUGCUGAACAUGAAAUCACAGAUGUGCUCUCGGUUGAAAAAAUUCCUGCUAAGCCGAAUAAAGCGCCCGAUCAAAGGUUCCUAAAAUCAUGCCGCAUCUUCAAGAUGUGUAAUGAUUUGGAAACACAAAAGGAAAUUGAAACUCUGUGGACAACAGAUUUUGGCAAUGAAACUUCAGUUCUUGAUAUUCCAAAUUCUCGAGAAGAUCGAGCAGUGUAUGAAAUUAUGCAAAAUUCGGUGAAACAUAUUGGUGGUCAUUUUCAACUUCCUUUGCCAUGGAGAACCGGGAUGCAGUAUCUACCGGAUAACAAAGAGAUGGCAAAGAAAAGACUUUGUAGCCUCAAAAAUAGACUGAUGAGAGAUUCCGAUUUGCAUAAAAGGUAUGUCGAAGUUAUUCAAGGAUAUAUCAAGGCAGGAUAUGCCAAAAGAAUUUCAUAUGCCGAAAUUGAUACGUCUAAUACAGUUUGGUAUCUUCCUCAUUUUCCUGUCAUGAACCAGCAUAAGCCGGGAAAGGUUCGUGUAGUUUUUGAUGCUGCAGCCAAAUAUGGAAAUGUGUCUCUGAAUGAUUGCUUAAUGUCCGGACCAGAUUUGGUAUCGUCACUCCUGGGUGUAAUUUUGAGAUUUCGCAGGGGACGAGUUGCAUUGGUGGCAGAUGUGGAAGCAAUGUUCCACCAGGUUAGAGUGGCACCUCAGGACACGGAUGCACUAAGGUUUUUAUGGUGGGAUGACGGGGACAUCUCAAAGGAACCCGUUCCACAUCGUAUGCUAGUUCAUAUAUUUGGGGCUGCAUCGAGUCCGUCUUGUGCUGCAUUUUGUUUGAAACAGACGGCGGUGAAAUUUGGAAAUGAACACAAACCUAGAAUUUCAGAAAUUGUUAAUGAAGAUUUCUAUGUCGAUGACUGCUUGACAACUGCUGAAUCGGUCGAUGAAGGCAUAGAGAUUGUCAAGGAAUUGACACAAUUGAUAGAAAAGAGAGCUAAAUGUGUUCAAAAUCAUGUCAUUGAUGGCAAUGUCAAAGAACGAGUUCUUGGUAUUCAGUGGAAUGUGGCAAAUGAUGAGUUUGGGUUCAAGGUUAAUAUUGCUGACAAACCAAAUACCAGGAGAGGUAUACUUUCAAUUGUAGCAUCUGUUUUUGACCCACUUGGUAUAGCGGCUCCAAUAACGCUACUUGCCAAGUUAUUGUUGCAAGAACUUUGCAAGCAAAAUUUGGGAUGGGAUCAAGAAAUUGCAGAUGAUGAUGCUGUUAAAUGGCGAAACUGGCUACAUCAACUGCAAAGCUUAGAACAGGUGAAGAUACAGCGAUGCUAUCAGCCAUUUGAUUUUGGAAAAGUUGUUUCCUAUGAACUACAUCACUUUGCUGAUGGAUCAGAAUUAGCAUAUGGAGCUGUUUCAUAUCUACGAAUAAUCGAUAAAAAUGGCCAAAUUCAUGUGGCAUUUUUGGUUGGAAAGGCAAGACUUGCUCCAUGUUCUCGUGUAACUAUACCCAGACUUGAAUUAACAGCUGCAGUUCUCGCUGUAAAGUUGAAUCUUGUCCUAAGGAAAGAACUGAAGAUGAAUGAAUGCAGUUCAACUUUCUGGACUGAUUCCACAGCCGUACUUCAAAGUAUAAGAAAUUCGAAGAAACGAUUCUCCACAUUUGUUGCUAAUCGUUUAGCAAAAAUUGAUAGAAAUACUGAUGUAUCACAGUGGCGCCAUGUUCCAACGAAGAUGAAUCCAGCUGAUGAUGCUUCGCGUGGUCUUAGAGUUGAUGCAUAUUUAAAGUCAGGACGAUGGAUCAAUGGGCCCGAGUUUUUGCGUCUUUCUGAAGACAAGUGGCCAAAGAUGCCGGACUGUUUUCCUGAUCCACCGUCUGAAUUUUGUCCAAAGCCAGUUCCAGAAAUAAAGUCGGCAUUUGUAAUAAAGGAAGAGUCUUCUGUCAUGGACAGGUUCAUAGGAUUCUUUUCUACAUUCUACCGUUUGAAGAAAGCAACUUGUUGGCUCAUACGAUUCAAGAAAUAUUUGUGUUCUCAUAAGAAGUCAAUAGACAAGCUUACUGAACUGCCAGCAAGACUGACUGUGCAGGAACUGAGCUAUGCUGAAAGAGUUAUUAUUGAAUAUGUUCAAAGACAAAGCUUUCGUGAAGAAAUGAAAUGUAUAUUAAAUGGUAAAUUAUCAGUAAAGGUGAUUGCUCUCGCCGGAUGUUGA